AUAAUGCUUAUACAGUUAUACAAGCCUUACCCAGUUCAUCUUCCCUGCACAUUAAUCUCCUCCACAGAGGAGGAUAAUGCUGAGCGCAACAGUCUUCAAUCCCAUCCAACUCAAAACCCAUUCUUCAAUUCUCCCUAAACAAUUCUCUCCCAACUUCUCCUCCUUCAAACCCAUACUUCGAUUACCUCCCAAACCCUCAAUUUACCCUCAAAGAGCGCUUCGAUGGAGCAUAAAAGCCUGCGCUUCAGACCAAGAAAUCGACAUGGUUCGGACCAAAGAAGGCGUUUACACCGCCAAGUCCAAGAAAGUCGUGGUCUUGUGGGACUUAGACAACAAACCGCCGCGAGGCCCGCCGUACAAGGCGGCGAUGGAGCUGAAAAAAUUGGCCGAGAAAUUCGGCGACGUGGUGGACAUGUCAGCAUACGCCAACCGCCACGCGUUCAUCCAUCUCCCCCAAUGGGUAAUCGACGAACGCCGCGAACGACGUCGUCUCGAUAUCCUCGAGCGCAAAGGCGCCGUGACGCCUUCAGAGCCCUACAUUUGCUCUGUUUGCGGGCGGAAAUGUAAAACCAAUAUGGAUUUAAAGAAACAUUUCAAGCAGCUUCACGAGAGGGAGAGGGAGAAGAAGAUGAACAGAAUGAGGGCUCUGAAAGGGAAGAAACGGCAGCGUUUCAAGGAGAGGUUUAUUGAUAACAAUCAGAAGUAUGUGGAGGCUGCUAGGAGCUUAGUAACUCCUAAAGAAGGGUACGGUUUGGCCUCGGAGCUGAGGCGAGCCGGGGUGUUUGUGAAGACUGUGGCUGAUAAGCCUCAGGCUGCAGAUUGGGCAUUGAAAAGACAAAUGCAGCAUUCUAUGAGCAGAGGGAUUGAUUGGCUGUUCUUGGUUUCGGAUGAUUCGGAUUUCUCCGAGAUGUUGAAAAGGGCGCGAAUUGCCAAUUUGGGGACAGUGGUGGUGGGGGAUUGGGAUAGAUCAUUGGGGCGUUAUGCCGAUUUGUGGGUGCCCUGGAUAGGAGUCGAAAACGGGGAGAUCACUGAGAAUGACUUAGUGCUAAAGAAAGGGAUGAGUAAGAGUAAUAGUAGGUUCUCUGUCAGCGAAUUCGAUGGUGGAAUGACUGAGGAAAUUGCUAGCUUUGAUGGCUUUAUGGAUGAUAUUGAGUUUAUUGACUCGAGAGGUUCAGCUUUUUCUGAAGCAGAGGAUAGUGAUUUUGAGGAAGAGAAUGAUGAAGUGUAUUGGCUUAGGCUAGAUGGCAAAAAUGGCAAACGGUUUCAGAAUGGGGUGUCUAUAAAUAGUGAGGACGAGGAGGAGGAGGAGGACUACAUAUUUGAUUCUGAGGAUGAAGAAACGGACAUGGAUGACUGAAAUUUCUAAUGAAGGAUGUGAAUUGAGGAAUUGAAAGUCGUGUUCUUGGGAUCCCUCGGGUGAGGGGUUGAUAAAAAUCACUUUGAGAUGAAGAUGCUUGUUUUGACAUGAAGUAGGAUUACUUGCUGCAAGCUAGCAAUGAACAAAUGAAAAUUAUGCUCUGCAACACUGGCGAUUGCAUACUCUUAUGCAGAUACAUAUAGGCAACAAACAUUCUUGUCUGCCCUAAAUGUAGUUACUGGCCUUCAAACAAAUGGAAUCUUAGUUUGGCUAAUUUCUUUGCAGAUUUAUACCCUUGAUAUAUUCUCAUUGGCAAAUUUGUCAUAUCAUUGCAGUGUGCUUUCUUGACUCAUGUAAACUUUAUUUAUUAAUAUGUCAGUUUGGAUGAUUGGAUCUGCUUUUGUCAA